AUGUGGAUCGACUCGCGACGAUGUUGGAGCUCUGAGAAUGAAGCUAUCACAAGGCCACACGCCAAUGCUGUUGAUGCCGGAAAGGCCGGACGUCACAUCCCCCGCAAUUUUAAGAUGCUGGACCGCUUGAUGGUGGGUAGCAGCGACCCUAAACAAACUCCGAGAAAUGCCGAUGUCUUCUAUUUGGCCGGUUUGACAGGCCUUCUAGCGUAUAGAAGGCUGUCGGUGACAUUGAAGCUGGGGCCAGCUGCAGCUUCUGGCGGUGACGUAGAUGCAUGGAUCCCGUUCAUGUAAGUCUCGGUGAAGAUCGAGAGAGUGAACGAUGGAGGCCUUGAUAUAAGUUAAAAUAUCUCUAGUGGACUAUCUUAUGCUUUUAAUUAG